AUGACCGUCUGCUUGGGACAGCCGCUUAGCGAGUCCAUCGCCGAGCAUAUCGGUGCUACCCCUUUGGUGACCCUCAACCGCUUGCCAGCUUCAUUGGGGAUAAAAGCAAAAGUAUGUGCAAAGCUCGAGUACUUCAACGCGGGCGGGUCUGUUAAGGAUCGAAUUGCCAGACGUAUGGUAGAACAGGCGGAGAAAGACGGGUUGAUCAAACCGGGGGACACCUUGAUUGAAGCGUCUAGCGGCAAUACGGGCAUCGCUAUAGCCCUCAUGGCGGCGAUCAAAGGGUACAAAUGCAUCAUCACAUUGUCCGAAAAGAUGUCGCAAGAAAAGGAACAGAUCCUUCUCGCCCUAGGUGCCCAGGUGGUGCGAACGCCUGCUGGUGUCCCAAUCGAGUCACCGGGUUCGAUCCUUAGUGUCGCCCGACGCUUGCAUCAAGAAAUUCCUAAUUCUUACAUUCUAGAUCAAUACAACAACCCGGAGAACCCACUCGCCCACGAGAUCGGAACAGCGCAGGAAAUUUGGUAUCAGAUUCAAGGGAAGGUGGACGUUGUAUUGGCGGGGGCUGGAACAGGAGGGACCGUGACCGGUUUAGCCAGAGGACUGAAGCAAAAGAACCCCGAUGUGCAUGUCGUUGGGGUGGACCCACUCGGCUCUAUUCUUGCACAGACGCCCGCGCUCAACGAGAGAAAGAGUGAAUACAAGGUGGAAGGGAUCGGAUACGACUUCGUCCCCGCCGUGCUGGAUCAGGGGGCUCUGGAUCUUUGGGUCAAGACGACCGAUAAGAAUUCGUUUCAGCUGGCAAGGAGACUGGUGCGCGAGGAGGGACUCAUGUGCGGAGGAUCAUCCGGUGCAGCCUUUGCAGGCUUGGUUGAGUUUCUGCAGUUGCACCCAGAAUUCAACUCGGAAGAAAAGGCCAUCGUGUUGGUGUUCGCGGAUAGUCUGAGGAAUUAUCUGACCAAGUUCGCCGAUGACACGUGGAUGGAAAGCAAUGGGUAUCUAUCGUUGAAUAACAAGUAG